AGGUUCUAAUUGCCACGUGCUAGACGUUAAGCAUCUCCUUUCUCUUUCUGGCUUUCCGAAUCCGAAGGCUUUUUAACUACCCGGUUUGCACAGAAGCUUGCAUUUUCUCUCGACUUUCUCUCCUUCCAAACAGACACUGCUACAAAAUAUGUCAAAACUUUCUUCAAAAACUAACCAAGUCGGCUACGCUCUAACUCCCAAAAAAGAGAAAACUUUCAUCCUACCGUCCCUUCUUUCCCACGCCUCCAAGAACGGUGUUGUCCUAACCAAAAUCGAUCCCCACAAACCUUUAAUACAGCAAGGACCGUUCGAUUGCAUCAUCCACAAAUUGUACGGCUCAGAUUGGAUACAAAACCUUAAAAACUUCACUUCCCAAAACCGCGAUAUUCCCAUCAUCGACUCCCCAGAUUCCAUCGAGGUUCUCCACAACAGAAUCUCAAUGCUCGAAACCGUUUCGAAACUAAAAAUAACAAACACCGGAGUCCCCAAACAGUUCACUGUUACGGAAGUUACGGAUUUGGAAAAUCUGAAACUGACUUUUCCGUUGAUUAUGAAGCCGUUAGACGCGGACGGCAGCGAGACGUCGCAUAAAAUGCAUCUUAUCUUCGACAACGAUGGAUUGAAGAACUUAACGCCGCCGUUUGUUUUACAGGAGUUCAUUAAUCACGGCGGCGUCGUUUUCAAAGUCUACGUAGCUGGUGAAUAUUUCCGGUCCGUGAAACGGAGGUCUUUACCGGAUAUUCCGGAUGAUGAAAUGGUAAAUUUGAAAGGUUCGUUGCCGUUUUCCCAGGUUUCGAAUUUGGCGGCCGCUGGCGGCGGAGAAGGUUGUGAUUUUGAAAAGAGUCAAAUGCCCCCGGAGAGUUUAGUGAAGGAAUUGGUGAAAGGGCUAAGGGAGGAUUUGAAGUUAAAUCUAUUCAAUUUCGAUGUUAUUAGGGAUGUUAGAAACAAGGAUAAUUACAUUGUCAUUGAUAUCAAUUAUUUUCCGGGAUACGCGAAAAUGCCAGAUUUUGAGUCUGUGAUAACGGAUUUUCUGUGGGAUAUCGUGCAUAAAGAAAAAAAUGGUGAAAAUUGAGGAUUGAAGGACAAAUAUAGGUUAAUAGCUGUGUUUAAGGUAGUCUCCUGGCCGACCAGUAGUGCUAGCCAAUACAUCCUGCUUCAAAAUUUAUUGUCAAAGCAUGGAAUAAAGACCACUGUAUCUGUGAAUGCAACCAUAAGUUCUGCACUCCUUAGUUUUUGGCAUGCUUUAAAUGUGCAUAAAGCAUUAGCCUAAUUUUGAAUCUUUAGAACUUCGAAAUCAGAUCUUGUAAUGAAUAACCGGUCACUUAGUCAUCAUAUAACCAAUGCAACAUGAAUGUAAAAUAGACAUUUUUAGAACUUGCUUCUCAUUGGCCUUCAACAUUACUGACAGUCACAUCAUUCAUGGAGCAUGUAUUCUGAUAACUGUAAGGGGACUCUACAUCUCGCUGUUUAGCAUUGAAAAAACAGCAGAUCUACAAUCUCACUGUUUAGGAUUGAAAUAACAGCAGAUAUAGUCGGCCUAUCUUUUGCAAAUUCUUGCACGUGCAACAAUCCCAUACGCAUGCAUAUCUUUAUUACCUGAUAAUGGCAUUGGUCAUAACCAGUUGUAUCUGGUAAUGCUGAAAUGUUCUAUUCAUUCCACAACUGCCAUGCCUGAAUAUUGCAAAUAUUAUCUUAUGUAUGAAAUUGUUUUCUUAGAAAGUUAUUAUUGAAACGAUCAUGUAAACUUACAUAUCCGAGAAGGUUAAAAGAAUGCUUGUGGUUGUUAAAGCUUGUGUUCUUCUGCCACUAAUAAUCUCCAGUAAUAAAACACCAUAGUUAAAAACAUAGGAUUUCUCUGAAAAAUAUCCACCCACUAGCUUGGCAGGACUCUCAUGGCCUUGAGCAUUAUCAAGGAAGAUGAUAUCAGAGGCGGCUGAUUAUUGAAACUUAAAACAAAUAAUAUGAUUUGGCAACUUGCUGUGAACUGCAUUGAACUAUAGUCAACUUUCUCAGAACCUUCCCAUAUGCUAAUAUUUCCAGGGAUUUUCUCGGAAAUGCCUGUUAAAAAGAAACAAAAGGCAAACUCUAGGAAAAGACAGGUUACUCAAGUGAAGACCAGGAGGUCUUAUGUUUGCAUUUUUUCAGCAUUGUCUAUUUCAAAUGGGUUAAUGUCAUGAAUGGCUUCUAAACUACAGUGAAAUGUUCAAUGUGGUAUCUAAACUUUAAAAAUUUAUAAUGUGAUUUUGUGUUAUGAAUUUAUUAAUUAAUGUGAUAUU